GUAUUUUAUUGGAAAAGCCAAAAAUGAUUAAAAAAGAAAGUUGUUCUCCACCCACUCCUCCACCCAAUCUAUUUGAUUUUUUGUUUCUUCUCUUCUCAUUCUUCUUCCGUUCACUGUCAGUGUCCUCUCUCUCUCUCUCUAUUCGCCCAUUUCAGAGAUCAGAAAGAGGAACCAACCUAUCGCAUCUCCCACGCCGCAACGCCAACGAAUUCAUAGCUCCUCUCUCUCUAUACAAAAAUCAGAGCCCUCGCUUCUCACUUCGAACAUUGCUCAUUCAUCCCUCUCAAAUCGGAAUCGCUGUUCGUCACUCCUUUCUCUGCAUCGUCGAAUGUCCAAAAUGCAUCUCAGCCGGAGAUUCUCGCGCGUUCCGAAGCCGAUCGAAAAUUCGCCGGCGAUUUGAUGGAAUCGGAGAGGUUUUCGUUUCAGUGUUCGCUUUUUCAUGGAGCUAACCGUUCGGUGCACCUCAUGCGCGCUGUCCAGAUUUCAUUGCAAACUUCGAUUCGCCGUGGUUGUUUUCGAGAUUAUAUUGAUAUUGGCAUGGGUGGAGGCCCACAAUGCAAAGCCCCAGGAACACCAACUUCAAUGGGGAGGCUUGGAGAGGAAUACUGAGAAUAUUGCCUCUCACUCUUGCAUACACGACCAGAUUCUUGAUCAGAGGAAGCGACCUGGUCGCAAGGUGUAUUCAAUUACCCCACAGGUUUAUGAGCCUGUUCGCUUGAAACACCUUCAGCAUAAAGGUAGGACAUUACUUGAUGUGCCAACAUCAUCAAGGCCUCAAGAGGAUGCAAAGAAGCCUAUUAGGAUAUAUCUAAAUUAUGAUGCUGUUGGUCACUCCCCUGACAGGGAUUGUCGAGCAAUUGGCAAUAUUGUCAAACUUGGGGAGCCUCCAAUGACUUCUCCUGGUUUUCCUUCUUGCGACCCCCAUGGUAAUCCUCCAAUCUUAGGUGAUUGUUGGUAUAACUGCACUUCUGAAGAUAUCUCCGGAGAUGACAAAAAACGUCGCCUUCGUAAGGCAUUAGGUCAGACAGCUGACUGGUUUAGGAGAGCAUUGGCUGUUGAGCCUGUCAAGGGGAACCUGCGGUUAAGUGGAUAUUCUGCUUGUGGACAAGAUGGAGGUGUGCAACUUCCUCGUGGAUAUAUUGAGGAGGGUGUCUCUGAUGCCGACUUGGUUCUUUUGGUGACUACAAGACCUACAACUGGAAGUACACUUGCCUGGGCGGUGGCAUGUGAACGAGAUCAAUGGGGUCGUGCUAUAGCUGGACAUGUUAAUGUUGCGCCUCGCCAUUUGACUGCUGAGGCAGAGACUUUGCUUUCAGCCACUCUGAUACAUGAGGUUAUGCAUGUUCUUGGUUUUGAUCCACAUGCCUUUGCUCAUUUUAGAGAUGAAAGGAAAAGACGGCGUAAUCAGGUUACUGAACAAGUUAUGGAUGAAAAGCUUGGACGAAUGGUAACACGUGUGGUGCUUCCUCGUGUUGUCAUGCAUUCUCGAUAUCAUUAUGCGGCUUUCUCAGGAAAUUUUUCUGGUUUAGAGCUGGAAGAUGGUGGAGGACGUGGCACAUCAGGGUCUCACUGGGAAAAAAGGCUUCUUAUGAAUGAGAUUAUGACUGGUUCUGUGGAUACAAAAUCUGUUGUUUCAAAAAUGACAUUAGCUCUAUUAGAAGAUAGUGGAUGGUACAAGGCCAAUUAUAGUAUGGCAGACCAUCUUGAUUGGGGUCGCAACCAAGGUACUGAGUUUGUUACCUCCCCUUGCAAUCUAUGGAAGGGAGCCUAUCGUUGCAACACAACACUGUUUUCUGGUUGUACAUAUAACAGGGAGGCAGAGGGAUACUGCCCCAUCCUAACUUAUAGUGGAGAUCUCCCUCAGUGGGCUCGGUAUUUUCCACAAGCUAAUAAGGGUGGACAAUCCUCAUUGGCUGAUUAUUGCACUUACUUUGUUGCUUACUCUGAUGGUUCGUGUACAGACACUAACAGUGCACGAGCACCUGACAGAAUGCUAGGUGAAGUCAGAGGAAGUAACUCUAGGUGUAUGGCUUCAUCACUAGUACGCACAGGCUUUGUACGAGGUUCUAUGACCCAGGGAAAUGGUUGUUAUCAGCACAGGUGUAUCAACAAUUCUUUAGAGGUUGCUGUGGAUGGUAUCUGGAAAGUGUGUCCUCAAGCUGGUGGACCCAUUCAGUUCCCUGGCUUUAAUGGUGAAUUAAUCUGCCCUGCUUACCCCGAGCUCUGUAACACUGACCCAGUAGCUGUGUCUGGUCAAUGCCCUAAUUCAUGUAAUUCCAAUGGAGAUUGUGUUGAUGGAAAAUGCCGAUGCUUUCUUGGAUUUCAUGGGAAUGAUUGCAGUAGACGUUCCUGCCCCAGCAAAUGCAAUGGCAAUGGUGUGUGCCUUUCCAAUGGGAUUUGUGAAUGUAAACCUGGCUACACUGGCAUUGACUGCUCCACUGCUGUGUGUGAUGAGCAAUGCAGCCUUCAUGGUGGGGUUUGUGAUAAUGGAGUUUGUGAAUUCCGCUGUUCUGACUAUGCGGGAUACACAUGCCAGAAUAGCUCCAUGCUCCUGCCUAGCCUUUCGGUGUGCAAAAAUGUGCCUGGAAAUGAUAUUUCUGGACAGCAUUGUGCACCCAGUGAGCCUAGCAUACUACAGCAACUGGAAGAGGUUGUUGUCAUACCCAACUACCACCGACUAUUCCCUGGUGGUGCUAGAAAAUUAUUUAAUAUAUUUGGCAGCUCCUACUGUGACGAGACUGCUAAACGGCUUGCCUGCUGGAUCUCAAUCCAGAAGUGUGACAAGGAUGGAGACAACAGGCUUCGAGUGUGCCAUUCUGCAUGCCAAUCUUAUAAUCUAGCAUGUGGAGCUUCUCUUGACUGCUCUGAUCAGACGCUUUUCAGCAGUGACGGGGAAGGGGAGGGUCAAUGCACCGGCUCGGGUGAGAUGAAAUUGUCAUGGUUUAAUCGUCUGCGAAGCAGUUUUUCUUUGAGAAAUAGUUCCUUGAAAGGAAUAUCUGUAAAAUAUAGGCAGCUAUAACUUUUUUUUUUCUUUUUCUUUUUUAUCUUUUGGGGAUUCUUGGUUGUAAUUUUUUAAUCCUUAGAUUUAGGGGGUUGUUACUCAUCCAAAAUUGUUUAGGAAAAAAUGGAUGAGGUUGCAGAAUUGGCUUUCAAAGAGGAGCCUUUUGUAGAGAAAAUUGGGAAUCUAGAGAUAGAUAAAGUAGAGGAGGGUAAAGAAGAAAAAGGAGGAAAAAAAAGAAGGUAAUUGAAAUGUUUGUCAUAGGUUGGGCCGAAGGCCUUAAAAGGAAAAAGGGAAAAAAAAUCUGCUUGGUUCAUAUCUGUAUAUAUAAUUAUAUAUCAUUUGAUCUCUUACUUUCCUUUAUUUUGCCAUUCA